AUGCAUUGCUGUGAUUUUAAUUCUUGUAUGUCAUCCGUUAAACCUUCAAUUCAACUUGUAGCUGUAUGUCAAAAGGAAAAUGUAACACCAUUUGAUAAACGUCAAAUACCAAUUAAUAUUGAUGAAAAUCUUAUUAUGAAACUUCAAGUUGAUGAUUCAAGCAUAACAUGUGAUCGUCAUUAUUGGAAUAAAACAAAUAAAACUUAUGAAACAUUUAUUAAAUCAUAUGAAAAAUUAACUAGUGAAGAAUUAGAUGAAGCUUUAUGUGUAUCUAUUAGUCAAAUAAAAGAAUAUAUUCGUCAUUGUGUACCAUGUAUUGGUUGUCGAACAAGUGUUGAAAAUUUUAUUAAAACAUUAAUAGAGCAUCAUCAUCCUGGUUUAGAACCACUUGUUAUGAAUGAAAAAGGUUCGAUUACUGUUAAAAAAAUGUAUAGUUCAAAUCCGGAUAAUAUUUAUACAUUGUGUUAUAUUCAUGGAUCGAAAUUAAAUUCGUUUAUUGAAAGUAUUCCAAAAUCAAAAAAGAAUCGCCGAUGUAAUAUACAUUUAUUAGAUAAAUCAAAAUCAAUUAAUGAUUGGGAAAUUGUUUGGGAUAUGAUGAAUAAAGAAUGUCGUAAUGAAGUAACUCUAGUCGAAGCUGAUUCUUUACUUGAUACACUGGAAAAUUAUUUACGAAAACAUAAAUUUUGUUCGGAAUGUAAACUUAAAGUAUUAGAAGCAUAUGAUCUUCUAAUGGAUAAUACAGAUUAUAAACAUCAAGAACAAAAAGGAUUUUGUUCAGCUUUAUAUGAAGGUUUACGUGCAUGUACCAAUGAUAAACAUAUUCAUGUUGAUCCUAACAAAGAAUUCCUUAGUAAUUUAAUCUCACGUGCUGAAUUGGAAAUUCGUGAUAGUCGACGUGAACGUCAUGCUAAAACAUUAGAUAUUGCUCAAGAAGAAAUUUUAACUUGUAUUGGAAUAUAUUUAUUUGAAAGAUUCGAUAAAAUUUAUCGUACAAUACGAUCUGAAGAACAAACAUGGAAAUUAUUAUUUUAUAUUGCUAUUGAUUGUUUAAGAUUAAAUUUUGAAAAAGCGGUCGAUCGUAAACAAGAUUUUAGUAUAACAUUAAAGAUUUUAUGUGAUGAAUUAUGUGAAACAGAUGAUGUAAAAAUUAAAAAAAAACCACAAAAGCGUUCAAAACGUAAAGAUCGACGACAAAUAAAAAUUAUCGAAGAUAAAUCAAAUGAAAUCGAUGAAAAAACAAUUUUACGAAAAAAUUCUCAUGAGGAUAAAGAAGAAGAAAUAAUAGAUCGUUGUCGAACAAAUAGUUGUUGUUGUUCUUGUGUAUGUCAGUAUUGUAUUCAACGAUCAAAUUCUCUAUCAAUUAUAUAUCCAACUAAUCCAUCGAUAUCAUUAGUUAAAUCUCAAUCAUGUCCAUCAUCAUUAAUUUCUACAUCAGAAUCAAUAAUAAAAUCAUCCGAUCAAGUUAUUAAUGAACAAACAAUACCAAUUUCAAGUUCAUUAGAAACUCUACUAUCAUCAGUCUCAACAAGAGGAUGUAUUUGUUAUGAAAGACUUUUAGCAAAAUCAAUGUCUUGUACCCGUUGUCUCAGUACACGAACUGAUCUUGGAUAUUCUUCAGAACAAGAUGAUACGUGUUUCUUUGGUCCUUGUGAAUGUUCCUUAACACCAUGUGAUACAUGUUUAACUGAAUUAUCUCAUUGUUGUCCACUCCAUGAAGAAGAUGAAAGUGGUGCAUCUGUUUCACCUUGUGAUUCUAUUUUAUCUAGUAGUGAUUAUAUUCUCCGUGAUAUAUCCACAGAUUGUACAAAAACAAUUGAAUUAUGUGAUACAACUCGAAAACAUAAAAUUAAAUUACAAUUAUCACAUGAAUAUCCGUUUUUUAAUAUGCAUCUAAAACAAAUAUGGGAUGAAAAUCCAUUGUCGAAUAUAGAUAAUGAAAUUUAUAUAUCAGAUGAUGAUCUUUAUGAAUUUUCAAUGCUCAAUAAAAAUGUUGAUAGAAAACGUGCGCAAUUACGUGAAAUUUUUAAAUUCAAAUUUCAAUCAUGGAAACAACGUUUACCAUAUAAAAUGUGA